UGGCCCGGAGCCGCGCAGCGACUCGCUGUGCCCCACCGCCCUCCCGGCGGCCGCCGCCAUGAGGCGCGGGGGUCCCGCCGCUCUCGCCGCCUGCCUCGCUGGGGCGCUCGCCGUGCUGGCGGGGCCGGGACCGGACAGCUCCGUUUGGGGCGGCCGGCGGCCCCCCCGCAGCUACGGGCAUCUGGAAGGCGACGUGCGCUGCCGGCGGCUCUUCUCCGCCACCCGAUUCUUCCUGAGCAUCGACGGCGGCGGCGGAGUGGAGGGGACGCGCUGGAGGGAGCGGCCGGGCAGCAUCGUCGAGAUCCGGUCUGUGCGUGUCGGCGUUGUGGCCAUCCGGGCGGUGCACACCGGCUUCUACCUGGCCAUGAACAAACGGGGGCAGCUCUACGGGUCGGUAGGUCAGGUUCCGCAUCCCAUGGCUGGCAUUGGAGGUGCGGGGCGGAGCCAGAGCGGGGAGAUCCUGCACCCACCGGGGCCGGCACCCAUGCUUGCUCCCCCUACUCCCCAUAGGGGACGGCACCCGCGGAGCCCUCACCCUGCUCACCCCCUUCCCUCCUCUGCCAGAAGGAGUUCAGCCCCAACUGCAAGUUCACGGAACGCAUUGAGGAGAAUGGCUACAACACCUACGCCUCGCUGCGCUGGCGGCACCGGGGCCGCCCCAUGUUCCUCUCUCUCAAUAGCAAAGGGAGGCCGCGGCGAGGGGGCAAGACGCGCCGGCAGCACCUCUCCACCCACUUCCUCCCUAUGCUCGUCAGCUGAGCCCUGCAGUGUGGCUCCUGGACAGUCCUGUAGGAAAAGAAAAAAUGGGGGGGGGGGGGGGGGAAAGGCUAUUUUAUAUAUGUACAUAUCUAUAUAUUGCUAUUUAUUGCUUUGUUUUUCAACUGCGUGGUGGAGGAUGGAUGUGGAUGGCAAAAGGUCCAGACUCAGCGUGCAGAGCCAUGCUGGGGCUCUGCUCGGUGUCCCUGCACGUGUCCAACCUGAGGCACGCACCCACCGUGGAUGGAGCUGAUGCUGUGCUGGCUUCCUGCCCUGCUGACAGCAUCUCUGCAAGGGGAGAGUGGCUGCAGGGCUGGGAGAUGCUGGGGCUGUGUUUGAUUGGUGUCUCGUGGAAAUUAAAGCUGUGUUCGUGGCAAGGGGCAGCAAGCUGUGGCAGUGCGAUGCUGGUGCUCGUGGGCUCCUUCAGCCUCGAGGUGCUGCCCUGGGUUGGGAGAUACAGACCUUGGCAUCCUCCCUUCUCUUCCCAGCCCACACCUGAGUGUGUGGGCAAGGACAUUGCUCAGCCCCAAAUCUAACCAUAGGAAAAGGCAGCAAGUGGUGUUUCAGGGAUGGAAAGGGAGGAAACGGCUGUGGGAGGGGAGAGCCCUGGAUGUCAGGCUGCUGCGGGGUGAAGGUGCACGAGGUGAGAUGAGGGAAUGGCACAGCUGCAUCCCGGAUGAGCAUCCCCUGUGGUUCUGAGGCUGUGGCCCCACUCUGCUCCCUUUCAGCAGACGGGGAUGGAGCUGGGUACUGGGAGGUGAUUCCGAGAGCAUCACCGUGGCCAGAAAUAGUGCUUGUUCCUCCCAGCCAGAGCACGUUCCUGCAGUGCCUGCUGAGCCUCACUGAGAGGCACCGCAGCGUGGCCACCGUGUCACAUCACACAACCACCAAACUCGUUCCAUUUCUCACCAAACCAGCUCCCAGGCAGGAGGGAGCAACCAUUGCAGCAAAUGCUGGGGACUGCAGUGGGCACCAGACUCCGACCCCAGGAGCUGCAGCACCCAUCUGCCUCAUUUCACCCAUUUGAAGCCCAACUCGAGCAUCUCACACGUGGGCACAAACUGCAUCGGGACCCUUCCCUCCUGCCUCUGGGAUCCCUCUGCCACCACCUGCUCCUGAGCCUGGGAUUCCAGCAGCAGAAGCUCCUGGCUCGACCUCUGGCACAGGAUGAGCUCUUACCCUGAUCUACCAGUCCUGAGAUAAACCCUUGUCCCAGAGGCAUCCGCCUGCGAGAUCAAAGCAGCUGCAGCCUGGUUGAGCUGGCAGAGCCAAUGACAGAAACAUUCCAGGGCAAUGGCUCAGUGCCUCCUCACUGCCGGCCCCCGACAGCUCUGGCAAAUGGCAGCUGAUGUUUCCUCCAACAAACCUUCCCUUUUAUUCUGAAACGGUUCAAGAAAUGUCACACAACACCUUCCCCCUCCCAUAGGGAGGUACAGCCCUUCUUAGGAAGCUCCGGGACCUGAGCAGUUCCACUCAGUGCUGGAUCCUCAUUGAUUUGCUCUGUGGUUCUGCCACCGUGUGCCCAUUCUGUGACACCAGCAGGGCAGAGUCCAGCUGUCCCUGCAGGGUCAGCAGCUCCUCCAUGUCUCAGCCCCAGCCUUUUCCCCGCUGCGCUUCCAUCAGCCACAUCUGAGCUUCUGCUUUUGAGUCAUCAAAGAGACAAACAAGUGCAAGAGCUUCAGGUAGGCGUUGGGACAGCUGGGUCACCAGCAGACUGCAGCACGGGGCAGGGGGAGCUGCCUGCAGCUGGCUGGGCUGCCCUUGGCAAAGCUGCCUCAGCUCUCGCUGUGCUCAGUGCCAUCUGGAGCCAGCAGGAGAGGGGAAGUCCAGGACUGCAUUUAGGUCAGACCCCAGAGCCCCCUGUGCUGCUUCCUGGCCUCAGAGACCACAGAUAUUCACUCAGCCCAGGAUGCAACCCUAGGAGCAUCAGAGACCACCAUCAGCUUUACCCCAAUGCAUUUUGCCUUGCAUUUGCCAGGAGCACACGACCAGCUGUGGAUGUACAAAGCCUCCCAUGCACGCAUCCCACUCUCACUGCAGGGCUGCUUCCCACAGGUGGUCUGUGAUGCUGCCUCACCUGAGCAAUCCUACAAGGUGAGGAAGGCUGCAGCCUCCCCAGGAAACAUCCCACAGCCACCAGGAGACCCAGUCCUCUGGAUGUGCAUCUGUCCCAGAACAGCACAGCUGUGGACAAGACCCACACAUCAUCACCUGAUGCACGGUGUGCACAACACCUCCACCAGCACCAGGGAGAUCCACUGCCUGCCUCAGAUCCCUGCAGCAGAAGAGGCAGCAGCUCGCACCUCAAGCAGCCCAGUGCUGCUCACUGCUUCCUCUCUCCUGCCAGCACUGCAGGGUGACACACAGCCAGGAGCCUGCUUUGUGUCCCCACCUCCGCCCAGGUAGGUCACUGCCACCUCCACUCACAUUCUUCUCAUUCUCCAAUGCACAAACUGUCAAACACACCCAGGUAUUUCGUCUCUCUCUCCUUUUUUUUUUUUUUUUCUUUUUAAUCAGCUGUAUUUUAAGUAACUUUGAAAUACAUUUUAUUCUUUUUUUUUUUCCCCCCUCUCUCCAAACUCUU